UUCUUUUUUUGUUUCGUAGUUUCUGUUUUUUCGUGAUUUUUUUCUGGGUUCUUCUCGUUUCGCGAGCGGCCCGUACGAGAUCAAAACUGGGUUUGUUGAGAAAUCGGAAAUCGAAAGAGGUUGAGAAAGUUUGCGGCUGUUUGGUAAACGCUAAGUACUCCUUCCGAGGUUGUCAUAGCUUCUGGUAUAAGAAUCUGAUUUUGUCGAUGGAGGUUCAACCUUCUGAUGUUGAUGUCCUUGGAGAUGCUCUUAAUAAGUCAUUGAAUACCCAAGAUGCUCAAGAGACGGAAUCUGCAUCUGAUGGGCAGGAGGAGGAAGACUUAUGCGAACAGGAUAAAAUAUCCCAGACAACUUCCUCUAACAAGUGCUUAAACAAGUGUGUAACCUUUCCACAACCAAAUACAAUGCGGCCUGCGAGUUCUUCCUCGGAUGAGGAAGAUAUUGAAUCUGAAGCAGUAUCACAGGGACCCCUCUCUGAGGAAUCUAAGGAUCAAGCCUACUCGCGAUCAAUAUCUUUGCCUACUCCUUUGAAGCUUGUAUCUGCCAUGAAAGGUAGCCGAGAGAAACAGGGGGUUGUGCAGGAGAAACUGACAGUGAAGUGGGCUCCUGAUGUGUAUGAUCCAAUGCCUACAUCGGUCUCACACUCAGUUAAAAGCAAGAGCUCUCAGAAGUCUAAGAACAAGAAAAAUGAAAGGAAAAAUGGGAAGAAAGGACAAAAGGGUAACUCUUCACAAAGGGGCAGUGGCAAAGACAAGAAACAAUAUCGCAAAGCUGCUAAGAGCUCGGAUGGAUUUGGGAAUUUUGAAGUUGGCAGCUCUAACGCCUACUGUGGUAGUAGCUUCCGUAGAAAAUCAUGCGCUGAGGUGCACUUCUCAACUGCAGAAGCUUUGUGAGCCAACAUUUCGUUCAAUAUCUUGUUCUUUGUCUCAGGUGUGUAGAUAAAUAAGUGUUUGCCUUAUUGGUAUUGUUCGGUUUUAAUUGUCUAAGAACUUUGGAUUGUACAAGCAAAAUUUUGUUGACGGUGUGUUGAUGACGAUUAUAACAUGGUGAAAAUAUAUGACUUUUUAUGCCUUGUA